UCAAAUGUCAACAAUCAAUCAAAAUCUGUCAAAAUCCUUAAUAUAACAUGUUUUAGAAAGUGGAAAAUUAACAAGUUUAUAAUUCAUAAUGAUGAAAACUGUGACAAAACCCCGUCAAAUCAAAAUGAAGUAUAUGGACAGAUUACCAACAGUUAUAAGCUGUUGUUUCUGUUGCUUUUUGAGAGCUGGCACUGUGAUGAUAGCUGUGUUUUCAUUUAUAAUAGGCGUCCUAUUCGCUCCAAACGUGAGCCACACGCACGGCUUCUGGGACCUGAACCCUGUGCUGUCGAACUACGGCAUCAUGACGGAAAUGUCAGCUCAGAUGACGAUAGGAAUCGCUUCCAUAAUGCUCUGUAUUGUCAGCGUGUUGCUGCUCGUUGGGGCUUGCUGUAACAUUCCAGUGCUAAUAGAGAUCUACCAGUGGGGCGCGAUAAUGUACAGCUCGACGGUGGUGCUAAUGUUCUUCGUGCUGGCCGUGUUCUGUUUCUUCGUGCACACAAACUGCUACGUGGCGGGCGCCGUGCUAGUAUUUUUGAUUGUGUGCGAUGUUUUGUUGACGGCGUACUUUAUAAUCGUGACGAACAGUUUGAGGAUGUCGCUACAGUUUCUGUCAAGUAGUGAUAUUGUGAUCUGAACAUUUUGUUUUGACUCCAAAUUGGUGCUGAGUGUUCAAAGUUAUUGUGGUGCCUACAAGUUUUC